GGCUACACCAUCCUCAGCCUGACACAACUGUGCAGCGCAGCAGAAGCCGCAAAAGCAAAACGCAAAGCCUACAAGUCCGAGCGGAAGAAGCAGGCAGACAAGCGCAAUGCCUUCCACGCACGCAACAACAAGGAUCAAAUGGAAAGAGUCACCAAGUUGAAGGAUAUCAGGAUCGAGGCGUUGCGUGAGAGGGUCAGAGAGGCGGACACGUCGAUUCAGGAGUUUGAAGAUAUGGUGGAGGAGAUGAGGAGGGAGGAUGCUGCGGAGUUGGAGAGUCGAGAUGCAAUGCAGGCGAUUCUGCUGGUCGAUCUUCGUGAGUUGACUCAGGUUUAUGACGAGGAAGUUGAGGUGUUGAAGAGGACCAUUGAUCGUCAAGCUCUCCCUCCCGAUUACUCCUCCAUCAACAACCUCGGCCCUGUGAUCGCCCUCGAAGACACUGGCUCAGCAACCCCUGAGCAUGUCAUCGCGACCGCACUCUCCACCCUCCGCAAAGCCCUCGCUGCACCCAGUGACUCUGAUUCCACCCCCAAGCACCUCGUCCACAUCGCGAAUACUUUGCACACCUCUCUGCUCGCCUCCAAGAAAGGAUUCACGACUCACCUCUGGCCUCUGUCAGCGACCUCUGCAUCUCUACACGCAACACACGAAUGCGUGGAUCGCGUGAUCCAUUUCCUCGCCGUUCACCACCCGGACCUCGACGAGCGCAUCUCCUCACCACUCUCUUCACCUUUCCUCCGCCAUCUCACAAGGACAUUCAAGUCCCCAAGCACUCUUCUUCGCCGCGCCUUCUCUUGCGCCGAUUCUUUGGCCCUCGAACUCUGUUCUUUGCAUUUCGCCAGUGGAGGCAGGAGAGCUGGGUUGAUGCUUCCCGUGCGCCCUUUGUCCUUGGAUGCUGGUAUGCUGGACAGUGGAGACAACGAAAUCGAUACAAACGACGAUUUGUUGGAGUUACAGUAUUGGAAGAAGAAGCUUGAGAGUGUGAGAAGAGAGGCGCUGGAGCGCAUGGAGGAUGUGGGCAUCACGGUGUUUGGGGAUACGAUUGCUUGGUUGGAGCAGGAGAUUAUGAGUUUAGUGUGA